AUGCACUUUACUACCGCCUUCUUGAUCGGCCUAGCGUCGUUCAGUGCCGCUCAGAACAUUAUCCAAGAUGGCGACAAGCCCGAGUCAUGCUUGGAAACCUGCCAGGACCCCAUCAACAUCUCAAAGGAGUGUGACAAUUCCACUGGCGAUAGCGACGACUACCACGACUGUGUUUGCUCGUCAGCUGACGCCCAGUCUCGCUUCACCGAGUGCAACACCUGCAUCGUAUCUUCAAGCGGCUCAGUCGAUAACGAUGUUGCCGACGAAAUGGCCAAAUGCGGCUGGUCUACCUCAUCUACCAGCAACACUACUUCCUCCACGGCUGCCAUAUCCGCAACGAGCUCUGCCACAGGUGCGAGCUCGAGCGCUGCUGCGACUUCUGCUGUCGCUGACAGCGCUGCAGGCCGUAUGCUCUCUGGAUACGUCCCCCUUGGCAUUAGCAUGCUCAUCGGUGCUCAUCUUCUGGGCUAA